AUGGCCGCCGAACCCCCCUCCCCCUCCGCCUCCCUCACCAGCCACUUCACCGCGCUCUCCGGGCCCCUCACAACCCAUCUAACCGACGCCAACGCGAUCCCCAUCCUCUCCACGCACCCGUCGCCCAACAGCCCCGCGCUCUCCUCGCUCUCGUCGGCGUUCGUGCAGGCGCACGACACGGCGUGCCGCAUGGGGCUGGGCACGCCGCUGCGGGUGACGAUCGCCACGGCCACCGGCGCGGCAGUGAUACAGACGGCGACGGUGGAGGCGGGCAAGGAGCGCGAGAUGCUGGUGGGCACCGUGGUGGCGCGCGCGGAUCGGCUGGCGGAGGCGCGGCUGGCGAGUUGGGGGGUGGAGGAGGUGGCGAGGAGGUUCCAGAAGACGGUGGCGGGGGAUGCGGCGUAG